UUGAAAAGACAAUCUUUCGAUUCCUAAUUAUAAAACUGUAUUUAAGUUCGUCGCUAUUGGCAUGAAAAGCGUUGAAAUUUUAGAAAUAGAAAAAGAAUUAAUCUUUAUUCUUAUAUUUCAGGAAUUAUUUCUAUAAAAUGGGUAAUCUAGGCAAAUGGGUUUUGGUAUUCGCUACCUUGAGCUUGGCCGUAUCCACUGAUGGCUGGAGGAAAUUAAAACGAAGUCAAGACGAAAGCAUCAGAGCAACUGAAGAACAAUAUGAUGAAGAUAACGGUGAACUGGAGCCGUGUCAGUGCGGCGUGUUCAUGUCUCUCCAGGUGGGUGUGCGGGAGGGUCGACGAGGGCGACCGCGUGGCCCGCCGACUGGAGAGCCUGUGGUGACAUACGACACCGACUCGCCUAGCUUACCUUGCAGCAGUGGACACAAGCACUGCAUCAGCAAGUGUCUUGAUGUGAUAUUAAAAUAUUUACCAAAAGCCGGUCCUGUGAUAUGCGGUGCGGUAGAAAGAGAUGUUCACAGAGAGAAGGCUUUCCUUUUCAUCAAGAAUUGCGGCGAUGAAUGGACUCCAACUCAUUUCUCUGCUGGCAAGGAGUUCUGCUGCAAAGAUGGACAGCAUAUGAAAUGCUAAAAUUAUACGUUUGAGUGAUAAAAAGUGAACUAGAAAUUGUAGAGAAAUACUAAUAUGUGAAUUAAGAUGUGAUAAAAGAGUGAAGUGUAACAGAAAAGACUAUAUCUAAGAUAACUGGACUUGGACACAUAAUUAUAGAUUAAAUGUGCUAAUUAGAAACUUAA